AUGGAUGCUUUGGGCAGUCUGCUUCCUCCCGUGGUUGGAAAUGGUGAUACGGCUAAUUCACAAGAAUUACAAAAACUUCUGAUUGACGAAAAAAUGCGAUGUGAACACCAUAAAGCAAAUUAUCAAACUAUAAAGGCGGAACAUCUAAGAUUGCAGGAGGAAUAUACAAAAUCACAAGAUGAACUGAAGCGGUUGUUGGUUGAAAAGCAGACUGUACAUGACAAAUUUCAGAUUCUUCUUGCUGAAUAUCGAGAGGAGUUGCUGGGUAAAACACAAGAGCUGGAAAAACUGAAGAUGCAGGUGCUAACUCCUCAAAAAUUAGAACUGUUAAAAGCACAAAUAGAGCAGGAAUUGGAAUCUCCUAUGACAGAACGUUAUCGGAAGCUGGAAAAUGAAGUGGAAAAAUACAGAACAGAAUAUAACAAACUUCGUUAUGAACAUACUUUUCUGAAAUCAGAAUUUGAACAUCAAAAAGAAGAGCAUGCACGUAUUUUGGAAGAGAAGAAAAUAAAAUACGAGGCUGAGAUUGCAAGGCUGGAUAAAGAUAAAGAAGAACUCCAUAAUCAGCUGCUUAGUAUUGAUCCCACGAAGGACAGUAAACGUGUGGAGGCACUCUCUAGAGAAAAGGCACAACUGUAUCAGAAAUUAAAAGGCUUAGAAGCAGAAGUAGCAGAACUACGAGCAGAAAGAGACAAUUGUGGUGUGCAAGCAGAAAAUGUUCAAAGAGUACAAGUACGACAAUUAGCUGAGAUGCAGGCUCUGACAAGGUCUCUAGAGGCAGAAAAGAAGUCUGCUGAACUACAGAUUGAUCGAAUUGAGAAAGAACUGCGGAUGAGUCAUGAGCAAAACAUUCUCUUAACUAGCAAGCUUCACAAAUCUGAACGAGAAGUCAAUUCAUUAGCUGCUAAAGUAAAAGAACUUAAACAUUCACAUAAACUGGAAGUAACAAAUGUCAAACUGGAGGCAGCAAGAACAAAGAGUGAGGUAGAAAGAGAGAGAAACAAGAUUCAAAGUGAAAUGGAUGGAUUGCUGUCAGACAAGGAAAUUCUUAAGGCAGCUGUUGAACGUCAUAAGGUGCUUUUAGUAGAAAAGGAUCGGGAGCUAAUUCGUAAAGUGCAAGCUGCCAAAGAGGAAGUUUUUGAAAAAAUUGCAGCCUUACAGGAUGAAAAGUUAGAGCUCGAGAACAGAUUAGCUGAUCUAGAGAAGAUGAAACUGGAACAAGAUACUUGGAGACAAUCUGAAAAGGUUCAGUAUGAAGAAAAGCUACGUGUUGUACAGAUGGCAGAAGAAUCUAGCAAAAAGGAACUUCAGCGUUUGCGAUUAAAAAUUCAACAGCAAGCUAUUCAGACAGAGGAGUUGGAAGAAAAGAAACGUGAAAGUGCUGAUCUGAAACAGCAAAUGCAUGACAUACAACUCCAACUUGCCUCAGUUUCUCAAUCAGAAAAUGAUUUACUGGAGUCUAAUCAGAAGCUGAAGGAAAUAAUAGAAAGAUUGAAACAAGAAUGUCAACAUGCAAGGACUCAGGCAGAAAAAGCUCAACUGGAAACAGAGAAGUAA